AUCUAGUAAUAGAGAUAGUAAUAGUUUAAUAACAAGUGUGGCCCAUUGGCCCCUAUUGACCCUUUGUAAGUCUUUGUCUGGACCCAUUGUGAGUCUUGGGGGGGAAAAAAAAAUCAGAACCUUGGCCUAGUCCUAGGUUAGCAGAAGGAAAACGCAGCAGAGUCAAUCGAAAAGGUAAAAUUGUCGAACAAGUAUGGCGGAAGAUGAUCAAAAAACCGUUACAAGCAAAGCAGCAGGUACAAACCGAGGACAUCCUCUUGCAUUCCUUUCAAAUUUUGGUAUAAAAUUCCCUCCAUGGAAGGAAGAAUCCAAAACUAUUACAAAAGAGCCGAGAGUAGACAAAGAGGUCAGAGAAGCAAAGAAACCAGAUAUGGUGAGGUUUCCGGAUUCUCAGCGAGACAUCCCUCCCUUGAAAUUAGAAGUUGAAGAGUCUGAAAAGGGAACGGACCCUCGAAUCUUGUGGCAGGUGUAUGCUCUUGGAGGUUUUUUUAUUCUAAAGUGGAUCUUGGCUAGAUGGAAUGAAAGGAGGCCCAAAGAUGACUCAUCCGGUGAACCACCAUCUCAUGGAGAUGACUAGUUCCUCAAUUCAAGAUUUCAGUCAUUACAGAUUUGUUGGUUUAAAUGGAUUGUAGUCUUUACAUAUCGCAGAUUGUUGUUAACAGAACAAUGGUGAUAACUAGUCAUGAAUCUUUUAUGCC